AUGGAGAAAUUUGUUGUUACCACAAAUGUAAAGGUUAACAACCAUAUACCCAAUGAUCUUGUCCUCUCUAUCCUGUCUAAGUUGCCUAUAAAAUCUUUGAACCGAUUUGCAUGUGUAUGCAAAUCUUGGACUCUCUUGUUUAAAAUUCCUCAUUUCCUGAUAAUGUAUCACAACUAUUUCCUUUCUAAUAACCAUUCUUAUUACGAUGGUACUUCUAUCCUCCUAAAUGAUAGUCUAGUUCAUUUGACGAAUGAACUGGAUGAACCAUUACACUCUACAUUGUAUUUACUUUCUGGUGAUAGGCUUGAGAAUAGGAUCAAAUUAGAUUGGCCACCUCCAUUUCACGAGGACGAUAGUUGUAUUCAUAUUUUGAGUUAUGUGGCUGUUAAUGGGACUCUUUGUUUCACACAUGAUAUUGGCAUGUAUGCAAAAUGUGUAUUUUGGAACCCUGCUACAGAUAAAUUCAAGGUCAUUCCACCCAACCCUUUUGAGUUUGUACCUUAUCAUAACACUUUAUUGCAACCUCGUGGUUUUGGUUAUGACCAUGAAAGAGAUGACUAUAAAGUGAUUCGACAAUUAGUUUUCUUUGUUGAUGACAACAUAGAUGUGCCAUGUGAGGAACCUAUAUAUUUCUCCCCGAUGUGGGAGAUAUAUAGUAUAAGAAGUAAUUCUUGGAGGAAACUUGAUGUUGACAUGCCUUAUAGUAGUGCGUGUGAUGAACUGUACAUGGAUGGAGUUUAUCAUUGGUGGAGUAUAAAUGAUUACAGUAGUCUUAGUAAUGUUGGGCCAUGUUUGGUGUCAUUUGACUUGUGCAAUGAGGUGUUCCUUACAACACCUUUUCCCUAA